UGGGCAUUGAUAUCCUGAUCCUAUACUAUCUUUUAGGCCAUGCAUCUGCAGACAGACUACAGUGCCUUUGUCUUACAGAUCCUUCGCUCCCAGCCUAACACCAUAGAUCAGUCACUGUUGCGCCAUUGCAUCGGACUUUCAUCUUCCUACCUUGUCACAGACACCACUACUGCCUCUUCGCAGACUGCAGGACUCCAGACAUGGUACCUGGGUUUUAGCAGGCUGGUCGACGUUGUCGUCGCACUCCACCUAUUGGGAUCACUCGAGCUCGAAACCGUCAAUGCAGCGAGCAAAGCUUGUUCAGAGUGCUGGACAGUUGCAGGAUCCUGGAAGGGACUUGAGACAGGCAGAGAGCAUGUGCGUGAAGUUGCGGGAAAGCUUAAACGACUCUUAGAUGAGAACGGAAGGACUUAUCGCGGAGAGAGAGUGUACGCACCGUAGAUAAUAAAUUUUUAGCUGUAUAUUUAUACACUGUAUUUUAUGUGGUGG